AUGUGCAUCAAGAACUUCGCCAGCUACCGUUGCGGUUGCACCAUCUUCAGUCACCUCACCCUCUGCGACAGAAACGACGGCAGCUGCGAGCGGCCCUGGGCCGCGCCCGACCCAGCCAACUGGUCCAUCCGCAACAGCGCAUUCCUGUGUCCGGGCUGCUUCCGCCGGAGCCAACCCGAGAGGCCCAACGUCUACCAGCCACGCCUCAGCGCCGAGCAGGUCUCCGCGCGCGAAGCCAUGUUGGAAGACGCCCGAAACCAGAUCCGGGACCUGGAGCUCGAGAAGCAGCAGAGGGAACUGGACGCGCGGAUCCGCGAGCUGGAGUUCGAGAGGGCGCUCGCCGAGCGCCAGACGCAGGUUCGGGUGAUGGAGCACGUGGAGGAGAUGGAGGCUGCUGAGAGACGCAUGCAGUUCCUGCAGGCGGGAGUCGAGCUCCGCGCUCUCGAUCGAGAGGUCGAAGAGGAGGAGGAACACCUCAGUCGGUUUCGGGCGCAGCAAAGCUCCGCGAGACGAGCGCAGGAGCUGCAACGAGAGAGAGAGGUGAGUGGUGCUGAAAGUCACAUCCGGGCGCUCGAACACCAGGAAAAGAUGGCGGGUCUUAAUGAAAAGCGUAGGUACCUGCAGGCGGGUUUGGAGUCGAGAGCUCUCCAGGAAGAGAUCGAUCAGGAAGAAGGGGAAGCUAGUCGCUCCCGGUCGUCGAGGAGCAAAGGCCCGUGA